AUGAUGUUAAUGAAAAUAUUCUUACUCUUGAUUUUACAAUUAUUUUCAUGUUUUUCCAUUGAAACUAAACCAAGAUUAACCUUCGAUGAAUUUUUUGAUUAUACUAGAUAUUCAUUAUUGGAAUUUUCUCCAACUGGUCGACAUUUACUUUUUCAAACAAUAUGUCCAUCAUGGAAUACAAGUUCUUAUCAACAUGCUUUGUGGCUCUAUGACAUAGAAAAACAAACAAAAAAGUUAAUUGCAACAAAUACUUUUAUACCAAUCCAAGCAAAAUGGUCGCCUAGCGGUAACUAUAUUGCAUUAUUAUUAAAAUCUUAUUCAUUGGGAAACGUGACAGGUCGUCCUUCCAUUAAUGAUUUAUUUCUCCAACGUAUCUAUCUAUAUUCUCUGAUAUCUGAUAAACUAUUGCCUAUUAAAAUUGAAAAACAUAUAUUUUUAACUUUCACAUGGUCUAAUAAUGAUUCAUCUCUUUAUAUAGCUACUAAAAGUUUUUGGUCAUUUUAUAAACAAAAUAUAUUGUAUCAACAUGAGUGGAAAAAUGCUGUUCCAUAUCGAGAAAAGAUGCAGUUUAUUCAUAGUUGUUCAAUCUAUCGUAUUGAUUUGAAUUUAAACAACCUUUCAUUACCCGUUAAAAGAAAAUUUAUUCGACAUCUAUCCUUUUCAAUCAGUCAAUUACUAUAUGUUUCAUUUGAAGAACAACUUAUCUUCUUACCGAGCCCUACGACUAGUGAGGACUUAGGUGAUUUGGAAAUAUAUUCAAUCAAUCUCCAAAAUACAUCCAAAUUAUCAAAAUUAACAAAUAAUGAAGUAGUCGAAUGGUCUUCGUUGGCAGCUUCAGAAGGUUGGCUGGUAUUAGAACCUAACUAUCGAGGAUCAACAGGUUAUGGUGAUCAAUUCGUUAAUGAAAUUCAGCAUAGACCUUUAUCUAAGCCAGGAAAAGAUAUUCUUUAUGGAGUUGAUCAAUUGAUUAAAGAUGGUAUUGCUGAUCCAUAUAGACUUGCUGUCGGCGGUUAUAGUUAUGGUGGUUAUUUAACAAAUUGGUUGAUUACACAAACGAAACGUUUUAAUGCUGCUCUAUCGGGUGCUGGUGUUGUUGACUUAGCUUCAGCAUGGGGUAGAAUGGAUCAACCUUUAGUAAUAAGAUAUUUGUUUGGAGGAUUACCAUGGGAAGUACCAAGUAGUUAUCAAAAUGAAGCACCUAUUUAUUAUUUAAAUAGAGUACGUACACCCACGCACAUCAUUACUGGUGAAGAUGAUAAGCGAGUACCUGCAAGUGAAAGUUAUAUUUUGGAACGAGCACUUUAUCAUCUUGGUAUACCUGUACAAUUAAUUACUUUUCCAAAUGAAGGGCACUCAUUGAAUGAUAAUCCUUGGUAUGGAAAAAUAAAAAUUCGAGAAGAACUCAAAUGGUUACAAAAAUAUGUAGCAAAUAUUACAGUAGCAUAA